AUGGAUGGAGAAUCUUCAUAUAACAAAGUAGAGGAUGUGUUUGUGUCUCACGUGGAAGAUGCUGUGACGUUUUGGGGACAGUCCUUUAACAGAAUCCAUGAGAUUUCGGAGAUCAGUGAAACUUUAACCACGGUUUGCCCUACCAUGAGCCCUGUGUUUGGAAUCCCCAAUCUUGACAAGGUUUAUGGUGGAAUGUUUUCAGCAGACAAUUGUUGGUAUAGAUGUAAGUUGCAGUAUGUGGUUGAUGAUGGACAGUGUUCUGUCACCUAUAUUGACUAUGGAAAUUCAGAAAUUUUAAACAGAUCCAACAUUGUUGAACUACCAGAACAUUUGCAGAUGCCCUGUGUGGCACAGAAAUUUAGACUCUGGGGGCUUCAGCUUCACCCCUCUUCUGAUGUCGAGCAGGGCUUGCAAUUUCUAUCCAAGAUGAUAGCUGACAAACAAAUCUCUGUUCAGCACAAAACAGUCUACAAAGAUGGAACGAUCGUUGUUCAGGUUUUGCUCGAUAACAUUGAUGUUGGAGAGGAGGUGGCAAAAAAAGGUUUUGCAGAGAGAUGCAAGUUGCUAAACUCUCCAAAUGGCACCAGGGAAACGCACGAAGUUCUUCCAAACCAUGAAAAAAGCCUCUUUUCAUGGCCUGUCAGGAUUGUAGAGAGACUCCCUCAGCGUUGUCUAAUGAAUUAUGGCUUGAAAAUUGACCAGAUGAGUUUGGAUGAGAAUAAGCAACUAAGGGACGAGAAGGAGAGCUUGAUGCAAAAGUUGAAAACCCUAGAAUUGCAUGUGCAGAAGGUUAAUCUUGAUAUAAAGAAAGAGAGAGAACUCUCUGAGCAAACAAUUCUUGGACUUGAAUUAAGCUUGAAAUCUGCAGCAGGAACCAAAUUAAAUGUCUUAACAAAUAAGAUUGCCGAAUUGAGAACUCUUAGAUCCUAUUUGGUGGGGUAUGCUAACUGGGAGGGAGGGGAUUUGGAUGGGGCAGUCUCUGCCUAUCUGAGGUUCAGACUUGAUAAUACAUGUAUGAGUUUGGCUGAUGAUCUGUUGGAGGCUGUGAAGGUUGUCAGCGAGGAACAACUCUCUGCUCCAUCUACUUUAAAAAGUCUAGAGGAUAUUUGGAGAGAGUACGACCUGGCACAAGAAAUGAUCCAGGCUUGCAAAGAUGUGGUAGAGUUAGACCUACUUAUAGACAAACGGAACAAAAUCCAGGAAACCCUAAAUUCUUCAGUUGAUGACUUCAUUGUUGAGGUUGAGCAACUGCCACUAGAUGAACAUCUGACAAAGCUGCAGAUGCUAUCGGAUUCUCUAGAAACUCUAUACGGAACCUCUGUUGAUUGUGAGGUUUCAGAUUCCGUGUUUCAAGAAUUUUAUGAUUGGAAAGAAGCAAGAUUGUUGACCUUUAACACCGUGAGGAAUGACACCAAUAGUUCUCUUGCCGUUCUCUGCACAUGGUUCUCUGAUGUAAAACAGCUUUUUGAUUUGGCGUCAACUGCAUCCCUGGGCUCUUCUGACAAUGUGGUGGUUAUUGAUAGCAUUAUAGAAAAGGUGGACACUGAUGUUUCAAAGGAGUUGGAAGUCUCACUCAAGGGACCCAAUCAAAGAGAACAAGAAAUAAUAACAACCACGUACAACAAUGUUGUAAAGCAGCUCAAAGAAGAGAUUUGUCUUAUUGAUGUCAUCAAAUCAAAGUAUUUAUCCAGUGUUGAAUUCAAAAAGAAUAUUGUACAGUGGGUCAAUACGAAUCCUAAUGUAGAUGGUUUAAUGGCAUUUAAGAAGACAAUUAAACGACUAAAAAGUCAGCUGAGGUGGAAACUGCUAGAAAGUAGCAACAUGGAAGAGUCAGAUGAAUACAACAAAACUGUCCACAGUGAAUUGAAACUUGACAUCGCUGGGCUAAGGAAUAAGAUAUUUUAUGAAAUACAACAUGAACAAGAAGAAUAUGCACAAUUAAGUGAUUUGGUGCAUAAGUGGUUCCCUGAGCUACCUCUGAUGUACUCUGAUGCAGGAAUUCAAAGCUAUAUGAACUCGAAAGGCCUUCUUUCAAGUAGUAUGGAGAGGAUAUUGUUUGAUGCAGAACCUAUGAAAGAGCUAAGCAGCAAGCGACCACUUCUGUGGACUGAAGUCCAGGACAAGAAAGUCUUGCUAAAGGGAUAUUCAGUGGGAGCUGACACAGAAGAGCAAGUCAUUGUGAGGGCAGCAGAAUACCAUAAAGCUUGGAUGCUGCAGAAGGAGGAAUCUGGAAUAAUGGAACUUCUUUACAUAUUUUUCUGCAAAUCUGAUCCUAUGGUAUAUUUGAUGGUUCCUUUUUAUGCUGGGGAGAGUCUGGGCACUGUCCAGACUACUAGUCCUUUGAAUUAUUGCGAAAUUGUAAAAGUAAUGAGUGGGGUGGCACAAGGCAUGCAAACCCUGCAUGCAGCCAAUAUAACUAUUGGUUCCCUACAUGAAAACAAUGUGUUUGCUAUAAACCGAGAGAGAGGAAUUAUUGGGGAUUUUGAUUUCACUAGAGAUGCAGAACAGAGGAGUUCAGCCACCUCCAUUUGUUUCCCACUGUGUACAGCUCCUGAAUUAAAGGCAGGUCAGCCUGUUUCUGCUGCCACAGAUGUGUAUGCCUAUGGAAUAAUCUUGCUAUGGGCAGACUACCCCAGCCAGCAGCACCUAGACCCAGGGGAAAGGUUCUUACACCCAAAAGUGUUUCAGGACCCAUGUCACAGGUUGGGGAUGCAGGAUGUGGACUACCUGGCCUCCCAGGUUCCACAACAAACUGGACUGAUCGAGAUGGAGGGCAUUCUGGUGAAACUUACAACUCCAGACUGGCCCAUAUGGAUCUGGUACUACAGCCUGAUCAGUCUUCUGGCAGACAUCCCUGGGCUCUUUCAGAUUCUUUGCAUUGGUAACAAAGAUAUUCCACUCAAACCAAAUGGAACUCCUGAUGUAAAGAGGAUUGAUGUGAAUGACAAAGCAAAGGAUCUUCUGUCGAGCUUACUUUGUUGUGGCGAUCGCAUGGAGGCCAAGCAGAUCAGUGGUCAUGAAUAUUUUCUGAUUGCCAAAGAAGACAUUACUCCCGUGCCUGACAAAGGUGAAGAAGAAGAAUUUGAUGAGAAUGCACCUGCCGACAUUGCUUAA